AUGACAGACAUCACCGCCUCCCACGAAACCAUCCUCCUCCGCGUCGGCGAAAAACAAUUCCACACCUCCAAACACACCCUCUCCCCGAGCGGCUACUUCAACGCCCUCUUCACAAUCCACCCGUCCCCCCAAACCGACUUCUUCCUCGACGCCGACCCCGACAUCUUCACCGACGUCCUGCGCUACCUCCGCACACACAUCUACCCGCUCUACCACACGCCCGACAACGGCUUCGACGUCCCGCGCUACCACGCGCUGCUCGCCCAAGCGCGGCUCCUGCAGCUCGACGAGCUGGCGGCCUGGGUCUCCAACAAGGAGUACCUCAACGCCGUGUGGACGAAGACGCGGUUCGUGAGCGCCACGCUCUACGGGGACAGGCAGCUGGAGCAGCUGCAGAACAAUCUGUGGUCGAACGAGGAGCGGACGAGGUCGUUUUCGUUUAAGCAGGCUGAUUCAAGGGCGUGGAAGUGUCCUGCGGGAGUGUACCUGCACGAUGGGGACAAGGCGGCUUGUGUGAAGGCGCGGUGUCCGGGGUUUGGGGGCGAGCAUGUCGUGAGUAUGAGGACGUUUAAGAUUGAUGCUAUUGUGGAAAAGGUUGAGAUUAGGGAGGAUGUAUUGGUGGAGAUGAGGCCGGAUGUGUUGCCGCCGUAUCAUGGGCAUGACUGA